UAACCUUUCUACAUUCACAUUUAAAUCCAUCGUUGAUGAAAUAUUAUCUUAAUUUCGCCGCCUGCAUUUUUCCUGCUUGCAAACCGUAAACUGCGAACACGCUGAACAACUGUGAAUUCACAAUCUUUCCGUUUUCUUCGUGCCAAAAAUUCGACGUUAUAUAGUGUUUUGUGGUGAAGUUUUACUACUCGUAGUGUGGGCGAUUGUUUGGAGGGGAUAGGGUUUUGAACGAUCCCUUUUUUGGGGAUUUUUUUAUGAGGGAAGUCUGAUUCUGAGUAUAUUUAUCUAUUGACAGAAUCUAGUUUUUGGGGAGAUUUAAAUUUAGGGUUUGCCUUCUCCGGUUCGGUGCAUACCACAUUCUGUUCACGGCUAUCAGUUUAUGGUAUUGUGACAUUUCAAGCGUGGAAAGAUUGUGUAUUGGAGAUUUAAUUGUGGAUUUUGGAGUUCAAUUUGCAGAGAUAAUGAGGGGUUGUUAAGUGUUGGAACGGAAAACUGUUAAGAAUGGAGUGAAGUAGGAGGAAUGUUCCUAACACAUUGUUUAUUGAAUAUUACAUUUUGCUAAGGAUUGUGGGACAGUUAAGCAGGGACGGUUGCAUUCCUGGGGGUAGCGGAAAGUUUGGUUUCCAGGAGUUAAUACACCGUCUAAAGGCAUUGUUUUUCUUUGAUUUUGCUUUUUUGUGGGUCUAAAGGGCUUUGCCUUCAAAAGGAAUUAUUGGGGAUUAUCAGGACUGUGUUGCGGUGUUGGAAUUUAUUCUUUCUAAGAUUAACUAGAUCAUGUCUGGUGCUGAUGGAAAGAACUGAGCCUGCAUUAGUUCCAGAAUGGUUGAGAUGCACAGGAAAUAUUGCCGGAGGUGGCACCUCAGUCCAUCUCUCAGAUGCUGCUUCUUCUGUACACUCCACGCGAAGUAGGUCUUUUAGGAGCAAUAAUGAGAAGGAAAGCUCACAUUAUCUUCAGAGGAGUUCUUCGUCGAAUUCUAGGCGUAGCUCAGGUAUUAAUGGCUCUGCGAAGCAUCCGUAUAGUAGUUUCUCAAGGAGCCACUGGGACAGAAACCGUGAUAGAGAGAAGGAGAAGUCUAUUUCCGAGGACAUCUGGGAGCAUGAUACUUCUGACCCUUUGGCAAGUAUAUUAACUAGUAGAGUUGAGAGGAAUGCCUUGAGGCGUUCUCAAUCAUUGGUUUCAAGAAAGACUGGUGAACCUUCACCUCGGAGAGUAGAUAACAAGGACUCACCUAUUAGUGGGAAUGGUGUCCUUUCACGAGGGAGCAAUCUAAACGUAAUUCAGAAGUCUGUGUUUGAAAAGGAUUUUCCAUCCCUUGGGACUGAAGAUAAGCAAGCUGUAGCUGGAAUUAGGAGAGUCUCAUCUCCUGGUUUGAGUUCCGCUGUUCAAAGUUUGCCCAUGGGCAGCUCAGGGUUUCUUGGGGGUGAGAAAUGGACUUCUGCUUUAGCAGAGGUGCCUGCUGCUGUUGCAAAUAAUGGUACAGGUCACUCUCCUGCUCAACAAAAUGUUUCUACUUUUCCAAAUUCAUCUUCUGGGGUUUCCAGUACGGCAGGUCUUAAUAUGGCUGAGGCACUGUCACAGCCUGCAGCACGAGUUCAUGCUAAUCCCCAGCUACCUGAUAAGAGUCAGAGACUUGAGGAGUUGACCAUUAAGCAAUUGAGACAAUUAAUUCCCAUGACACCUUCAAUGCCUAAACCAUUGGUUCCUGGCACUGCAGAUAAAUCAAAACAAUCAAAGAUUGCUAUGAGAACUAAUGAGAUGACUGUGGCUCCCAAGGCUAUUCAUUCACAGCCCCAUUCUUCUCAUUCUGCUAAUCAAUCUCGUGCUGGACAAACCAGGUCUGAUUCUGCUAGCAACCCUCAUGUUGGAAAGUUUCUGGUUCUUAAACCAGGCCGUGAAAGUAUCUCCGUUGGACCAAAGGAUGUAUGUUGUGCAACUGGUAAUGCCAAUGGAAAAGUAGCUAAAGAGGGCCAGCUCGCUAUGGGUUCAUGUACUGCGAUCGCAUCAACUAGUGCAAGCAAUUCCAUGGUUUCUGUUCUUGAAAACAAGUCUGCUGCUCUGUCCCUAGGUUCAAGAUCCUCCGUGGACAAGAAAUCGGCACAAAGCAGAAAUGAUUUCUUUAAAAACAUGAGGAUGAAAUCCUCAGUCAGUGCUCCUGCCACUCACUCAGGUUCAGGUUUGGUUAUUCUAUCUCCCAGUGCAGAGACAUCUGUAGAAAAUUGUAAAGAUGGCCAUGCUGCUGCCACUCCUUGUGUUUUGGAGAAUGGCAACCAGAUGGGCUGUAAUGGUGAUAGAUAUGGCAUUACGGAGAAGACCGGAUGUCUUCCGGAUGUCGGUGACAGUAGCUUGUCUUGUCAUGGAUCAAUUUAUCCAGAUGAAGAAGAGGCUGCUUUUCUUCGUUCACUUGGCUGGGAGGAAAAUGGUGGGGAAGAUGAAGGAUUGACCGAGGAAGAGAUUAAUGCUUUUUAUCAGGAGUACAUGAAGCGGAGGCCAUCCUUGGAAGCGUGUCAAAGCUCUGAGCCCAAGUACCCUUCAGCAUCUAAACUUCCCAAUGCUAUUUCGGAUGCGAGCUCUGACUCCAGCUCCUCUGAGUCGGAGCCUGAAACCUGAUUCCAGGAACCACACUGAAAGUUAUCUUGAGAAUUCAAUUUUGUUGGCAGAGUACUUUUUGCUCAUUGCAUUUGUUCUAGAGGAGAGCUAAGGUUUUUGCUUGAUUAAGGAUAUUUGGCUGUGGAUAUUGGCAGAAUGAGGAAGAAAUCGUAUAAUAAAUAGUUGGCACCAUCUGAUAUUGGGAAAGACAGGAUAGGGGAUGCACUCUUGCAUUUUGCAUUGACAGUAGUUGGUAGGAGACUUGUUUUCGAUAUUUUCCUUUUUCUUUCUAGAGUGGGAAAAGAAGUUACCAUGUUCCAUUAAUUUUACGCCAAGAAAAAGGAAAUGAAAAGUGGGUUACAAUUACAGAUUUA